AGCGGGGGUCGUCCAACCGGGCUGCGGAUGCACUGUCUCGCCGGGAAGAGGAGCGGGAUACAGCCAUGUUCCACUCCUUGAGCGUGCAAGCCGUACCACUACUCAUGGAUGAACUUCGGAAGGAGAAUGAUACACUGCCUGACCUAAGGGACCUGCAUGCGGCUAUUGGUAACGGUACGGCUCCUCCCGAUAUUAGUUCAAAUUCCGGCAUCCUUUAUUAUAAGCGGCGUCUGUAUAUCAGCCCCUCUUCAUCCUUGAGAAAUCAGAUUUUGCAUGAAUUUCAUGGUACUCCAGUGGCGGGUCAUCAGGGGGUUGAUCGAACCUUCCGCCGUAUUGCCGAUGUCUUUUACUGGCCGGGUCUCCGACGCGAGGUGCGCGCCUUUGUGGCAUCGUGUCCUGCAUGUCAGGCCACUAAGUAUUCCACCCGCAAGCCCGCGGGACUGCUGCAGCCUCUACCCAUUCCGGAGCGGGUAUGGGACUCUGCUUCCAUGGAUUUCGUAACGGGUCUUCCCCCGUCUCGCGGCUUCUCGGCUAUCAUGGUUGUGGUUGACAGGCUGUCCAAAUACACUCAUUUCGGGCCAUUGGUCGCUGGCUUCGACGCCCCUAAAGCCGCGCAGUUAUUUGUUGACAUAGUGCGGGAUCAACCCAUCCCCACCUCUGCUCUGCCUGCUGUUUUCUUUAAGGGGCGACCAGUUUCGGUCCCUACGGCCGUGUUGGAUAGGCGCUCCGUGCUGGUGGAUGGGGUUGCUCAAGAGCAGUGGCUAGUUCGUUGGUCCGAUGGCACCGAUACUGAUGCGACGUGGGAACCGACAUCAGCUCUCCAACAACACUAUCCCGAUCUUCGCCUUGAGGACAAGGCGAUUUCCGUGGGCGGGGGAGUUGAUACCGUACAUGAGGAGGAUAUGGAACCAGGCGGCGACCCAGCACCCGUACGGCCAAGGAGGAACGUCGGGCCACCCCUACGAUACCGAGAUUAUGUUUAAUAUUUUAUUAAUAUUUUGUAACGUAGAUUUUUACUAGGUGAGCGGUUUAUAAGCUCCUUCGAGGGUUUCUUUUCGGUUCUUUACCUCGAUGCUUUUCUUGAACCGACAGGGUAGAAAAUUAGAUUAAUUAGGAAUGGGGAAACUCUAUUUAAAGGGACCAACCCUUAUCAAUAAUAAUAAGCAACUUUUAUU